GUUGGGGUACUGGGUGUCAUAAAGCUGACGGCAACUGCAUUUUGACACUGUCCUAAUUAUUAGCAACUAUUAUAUUGCUAAAAACGGCUUUGCCGGGGUUGCUCUAAAUGCUAGCCACUGGUUGAUACAGCUAGCCUGUGUGAGGUAAGAAACCGGUUCCGUUGACGGGCUAUACUGUGUGGCAUGGCCCCACCAAUUUAUUAAUGAACAUUGUAAUAUUCACAUUAAUGUUAUCAAGCCCGUGUGUUCUUUGCGAUGUGGGUUUUCACUUAGUGCCUAUAGAGUUGAUUGAACUUGAAAAGGUUUGAUUUGUUAUCUGUUGUUAAUAGGUGGGGCUGAGAACUCCGCAUUGCUGGUUGAAAAAUGGAAGGUUCAUGUUAUUCAAUGCUGUUACAAGUAUUUUGCUCAUAAAAGGUGUGAGUUCUAGUAUGAAAUAUGCAGUACACUCCAAGUGAGAGACAGCAUGCUAAGUAAUAGUUAACGUAUAGGCGGCGAGGCGGUACAGGAGAUACUCCGAGGCUGUUGACUAUAACGGACUAGGGCGUAGCCCGAGGCCCUUAUAGUUAACAGCCGAGGAAGAUUUCCUCUACGUGCCAAGACACCUGAUUUGUCCAACUAGCCAAUCACAAUGCUGAAUUUCUGCUGUGUCAUCCUGCACUAAUGUACUAAUGUACUAGACAGUUUGCACUAAGCCUAGAGCUAGAUGUUGUGAUAAGGACUUCCUGUCCAAUACUGAUACAAGUGCUGCCCUUAGCCCACAGCUCAGAAUACAGCGUAUAUUCCUAGCACCGGGUUGUUUGAAGUUGGACUACAAGAGAGAGUAUACUGUGCCAUAGCACAGUGGUUUGAGGUUUGCCUUGUGUUGUAUCGUGUUGUAGAUUCGAACCCCUACCAGCUGAGUUGCCCUGGUAGCUCAGUUGGUAGAGCGCUCACCUAGACUGCAGAGUGUCGUGGGUAUGAACUCUAGCAGUCACAGUUUGUGACCAAAGGGGUUGGUUGACUAGUGACGGUGACACAAAAUUGUUAGUCCAUGUCACUGGUGAAGCUCUGCAAAACAGGUGGUCUUGCACUUACUCUGCAGACAUCCCAGCCAAAGGAUGUGUGACAUGGAUGCUCUGUAUUGGUUACUUGGCAUUGAUUACCCCUCUGAAUUUUCUGAGUAAUACACUCUACACUGUUGGUUUCAUCCGCACUCUUCUUAUUGCACAAUACUCCACGUUGCCUCACACAAGCUAUGUGGCCAAAGUGAAACCAAAAUAUUUUUGUGGGUUAUUUUGCUCUGGACAAUAAAUCCCUUGACACACAGAUAGAGCCCAGAGCCUAUACAUUCUUCAAGAUCUUUAUCCUGUGUCUCUUUGGGGUAGGGGCCUGCACCAUCUAGAGUCACUACUCCCUUGGCAUUUCUCCUCGUCUUCUUUUUAUCCUCUUUGUGUUCAUCUUUCUCGUCAUCGUCCUGUUUUUUUUUCUCCUCCCAGUACAUAUCUGUGUGUAAACAUUAACACAAUAUGACACAAAAGUAUGAGAUACCCUUAGAACAUAGAAAAACAGCUCAGCUGCAAUGAAAAGCUAGGCCCUAUGACCAGAAAAUGUUGUAGGGUUUAAGCUAGAUAUUGUUCCCCAGGCAUAGGAACUAGGGCCUUGUCCAAGGGUAGAGGGAGAUCGGGCUAACAGUAGGGGAUAGAAAUACUCGUUUGCCAGUGUACUACCAAGAUACUAACUCAUAAUAAUUAUGCUUCCUUCCUACGCCAGGUUACUUGCCUGUUGUUUUGGUGUUUCUGCAUACUUUCUGCUUUACAUGACAGUUCACAUGCUGGCGAAAAUCGACAGCCUUCUUCGAUUUGCUGCUAUAGUCAGACCGCUACACUUUCUCGAUUAUAGAAUACAUUGCACGUUGCAGUUUUCUUUCUCUAAAAAGAAUCAUCUGGGGUACUCGUAUCUCAAAUUAUUUGCACUUCCAUAGUAACACAAUUUUUUUCUUGCAGAAUAUCACAAUUGUUUGAGAUAAUUGUGGACUUUCCUGAGUCAGAGCCAGCCUUGAAAGAUCUCGCAGUUUGUUUAAAAGUUGUUAAUCUGAAACAAAAGUUGAUUCAUUCUUUGGGAAGAAGUAUUAGGAUGCGUCUACUACACCCUGGUGUGAAUACAGCUGAUAUCAUCACCCAGUAUGUUGCUGCAAUAAAGGCACUUCGAUUGGUUGAUCAUACGGGGGUGGUACUCGAGAGAGUAUGUACACCUGUCAGGGAUUAUCUCUUCAGCAGAGAGGACACUGUGCGGUGCAUUGUUACCAGUCUUACUAAUGAAACUGACAGUGAGCUAGCCCAAGCCCUGAAUAAGGAUGACAUUGAUGAGCAUAAAAGUGAGGAUCAAGAUUUUGAUCUGUGGGAACCUGAUCCUAUAGAUGGAAACCAAGGUAUACAAGUAUAGUUCAUUAGCUCUCAACAUGCCUGUGCAGCGAUAGUAACUGUUCUUCUUUCUAAGUGUGUAUGUCCUUGUGGAUAGUUUCUCCUGCCAUGCUGGAAGCCUGUCAGA